UCCUCUCUUUUCUCUCUAUUAUUGUGGGAGCUUCUGGCUCUCGCUCUGUUCUGAGCGAUUGAAAUCAUGUCGACCGUUAGCAUAGAGCCUCUGGUCGGCCAUUGUCGUCGUGAGAGUCGUAGGUACGGUGCGAAAUCCAAGGCUUUCAAGCCGAGCUCCUUGAAUUGCUAUACGAAUCACAAGCUGGUCUUCCAGGCCCGGAGCUUCUGCAACUUCAGGCCUCCCAAGGUUCACGCUCUUAGAGCUAGCUCUACUACCACCACCGCUCCCGUUGAGACCGUCGAAUCCGCCGAUGUCUUCUUCAAGGAGACUUUCCCUCUGAAGCGAACUGAAACGGUUGAGGGAACGAUCUUCAUCAGAUUAGAUCAUGGGCAGAAUAAUCGGAAUUGGGAGCUUACUGUUGGUUGUGAUCUUCCUGGGAAAUGGAUUCUUCACUGGGGAGUUUCUUAUGUUGACGAUGUUGGCAGUGAAUGGGAUCAACCUCCUACUGAAAUGAGGCCCCCGGGUUCAAUUCCGAUCAAGGACUAUGCAAUAGAGACGCCCUUGAAGAAGUCAUCGUCACCGGAAGGAGACACAUUUUACGAAGUGAAGAUUGAUUGCAAACCCAACGGUGCAAUUGCUGCUAUAAAUUUUGUUUUGAAGGAUGAAGAAACUGGAGCUUGGUAUCAGCACAGGGGGAGAGAUUUCAAGGUGCCUCUUGGAGACUAUCUUCAAGAUGACAGCAAUAUAGUUGGAGCGAAAAGGAGCUUUGAUAAAUGGCAAGGGGCUUUGGGACCGCUAUCUAACUUGCUCCUCAAAGCAGAAGCGUCAAAUUCUAAAGCUUCAGGCAGCAGCACUGAAUCCAGAGACCUUAAACAAGAAAGUUGGAGCCUAGAAGGGUUCAAUGAAGAGCUGCCUAUUGCAAAACAAUUUGCUCUUGAUAACUCAGUCACUGUUUGUGUUAGAAAGUGCCCAGAGACAGCUAAAAAUCAUCUAUAUGUAGAAACUGAUCUACCAGGAGAUGUUGUUAUUCACUGGGGAGUUUGCAGAGAUGAUACCAAAAAGUGGGAAAUUCCUGCUGCCCCACAUCCACCAAAUACAAUAGCUUUCAAGGACAAGGCUUUGCGGACUCGAUUACAGUCAAAAGAGGGGGGAGAUGGAUGUUUUGGAUUGUUUACUGUAGAGGAGGGACUUGAAGGGUUUCUUUUUGUGCUCAAGCUAAAUGAAAAUACUUGGUUGAAAUGUAUGGGAAAUGACUUCUACAUCCCCCUCUCAAGUUCUAGUAGCUUGCCUGCUAAAUCCAGACAGGGUCUAUCAGAAAGUGCACAAAUACCUGAAAAUAAUGCAGAAGCAAAUCAAAAAGGAUCUAUUAGUGCCUAUACUAGUGGAAUAAUUAAUGAAAUAAGGAACUUGGUGAGGGACAUUUCGUCUGAGAAGAGUCAAAUGACCAAAACUAAAGAAGCACAAGAAAGUAUUCUUCAAGAAAUUGAAACACUGGCCGCUGAAGCCUAUAGUAUCUUCAGAAGCUCUACUCCAACUUUCUCGGAGGAAGCAGUUGUUGAAACUGAGGAACUCAAACCUGCUGUCAAAAUUUGCUCAGGGACGGGCACAGGGUUUGAGAUAUUGUGCCAAGGGUUUAACUGGGAAUCUCAUAAAUCUGGAGGAUGGUACAUGGAGCUGAAAGAAAGAGCUUCAGAAUUAUCUUCGCUUGGUUUCACUGUGAUUUGGUUACCACCACCAACAGAAUCUGUAUCACCUGAAGGGUACAUGCCAAAGGAUUUAUAUAAUUUAAAUUCCAGAUAUGGAAAUAUUGAUGAGCUGAAAGAAGUUGUGAAGAAAUUUCAUGAAGCUGGAAUGAAAGUCUUGGGAGAUGUUGUCUUAAAUCACCGCUGUGCACAAUAUCAGAAUCAGAAUGGUGUUUGGAAUAUCUUUGGCGGUCGUUUAAAUUGGGAUGAUCGUGCAGUUGUUGCAGAUGACCCCCAUUUUCAGGGCAGGGGCAACAAGAGUAGCGGAGAUAAUUUCCACGCUGCUCCAAACAUUGAUCAUUCGCAAAAUUUUGUGAGGAAGGAUAUCAGAGAAUGGUUAUGUUGGCUAAGGGAAGAAAUUGGGUAUGAUGGGUGGAGGCUUGAUUUUGUCAGAGGAUUUUGGGGUGGUUAUGUCAAGGACUACCUGGAAGCAAGUGAACCUUUCUUUGCUGUUGGAGAGUAUUGGGAUUCCCUCAGUUAUACGUAUGGUGAAAUGGAUCAUAAUCAAGAUGCCCAUAGGCAGAGAAUUAUAGACUGGAUCAAUGCAACUAAUGGAACUGCUGGUGCAUUUGAUGUCACGACCAAAGGGAUUCUUCAUUCAGCACUGGAAAGAUGUGAAUAUUGGCGAUUAUCGGAUCAAAAGGGAAAGCCUCCUGGGGUUCUUGGAUGGUGGCCAUCACGUGCUGUUACCUUUAUAGAGAAUCAUGACACUGGUUCUACUCAGGGUCAUUGGAGAUUCCCAAGUGGAAAGGAAAUGCAAGGAUAUGCUUACAUCCUGACUCAUCCAGGAACACCUUCAAUGUUCUACGACCAUAUUUUCUCUCAGAACAGAUCUGAAAUUGCAGCUUUAAUCUCUCUCAGGAACCGGAACAAAAUCCACUGCCGCAGUAAAAUCAAAAUUGCAAAGGCAGAAAGGGACGUGUAUGCGGCCAUCAUUGGUGAAAAAGUUGCAAUGAAGAUAGGACCAGGUCAUUAUGAACCCCAAAGUGGGGCCCAGAGAUGGUCUUUAGCUACUGAGGGAAAAGAUUACAAGGUCUGGGAAGCAUCUUGAGGUAAUCGAAAGAACCUUUAGUAUAUAAAGUCAGUUACAGAAGGUUUCCACGGCAAGUUUUCAUCAUUUUUUUUUCUUCCAAGCAAAUUGAAGAGCUCCUUAAAUGAUAAUAUACUUGUUCUUGAAUCCUGAUGGUGGUCCGGCAGCGAACCUCCAUUGAAGUUGCUCUUACCCAUGCUUUUUCCUGACAUAGAGGGUUGUUACCAACUUGGCUAAGGAAUGAUAGGGGAGUAGCAUGUAUGGGCUUGGGAUAGAGAUGUACCAUUAAUUUACAUAUAUAUUACUUACAUUGUAAUAUCUCGUGGAAACGAUUUUUAAAUGAUGUGUCAAGGAAAACCAUUGUACCUUACACCUAUUGAAUUUUGUUGAAAUCAAUGUGUCAAGGAAAACCAUUGUACCUGACACCUAUUGAAUUCUGUAAACAACAAUUCAUAAGAGAUGAUUAAAUUUUACGGACAAAAUUUUUCUCUAAA